AUGGGUUCUUGUUCUUCGAUUCAAAGAAAACCCAACACGGAUAACAAUAACAUGAAGCUGAAAGUUUCAUUUUUUGGAUCCAAAACCGAGAAGCUUGUGAUUCCUUCAUCACCCAUUAAGGAACAAACCAAAAAUGGUGACUUUAAGAAGUCACCUUCUAAGUCAACGACCAAUUUCAUUAACUAUGGUAGUAAAGAGGAAACAUUUUUUGAUUCCAAACCUUGGAUUGAUUCAGAUUGUGAAGAUGAUUUCUAUAGUGUCAAUGGUGGAAAGUCUAUAUUUUUUUAUGUAGACUUUACACCGUCUCGUGGCAAUACUCCGAUUCACCAUGCUUUUGCGACGCCUGGUGUGAACAAAUCCUUGAUUGAGAAUAGAACUUCCCCUUCUCCAUCUGAAUCAUCACCGGAAAAGAAAAAGAAACUUUUAGAGCUAUUUAAAGAUAGUGUGAAAGAAAAUCAAGAUGAUGAGAGUAAAGAAAAGAGACAAGUGAAACCAACUAUACAAGAUGUUCUACCUCAAUCAUCACACUCGACUCCUUCUUGCUCAAGAGCUAACUCUGUUAGCAGUGGUGAAGGAGUUAAGAACAAUGAUUAUGUAUUGGUUAGAGAGAAAUCACAUAAAUCUUCGUUGUUUUGUAUUCCGAGUUUGUCUUCGUGCCGUAGCUCUAGGGAGAGGAGGAGGAAGACAAGUCCUGCAAUUGCAGUUGAUGGUAAACAAUGA